CUAAAGUACUUAACCGUUUACUUCUGGCAAAAGAGUCUAAUUAAGAUGUACACCCCCCCUAAAGUCCUUUUACAAGAAACUAUUAAAUUUGUCGUCAUCUUCUUGACUUCCUUCUUACUCCAUCAACAAGGGUUGACAGAAUACAUCUAUUACGUACUACUCAUUUUUUACACACUCUUGUUUAUGGACGAUAAUUACUGGCACGAACUCCCAAAUUUCUUCUCAAGAGCUAAACUCGACUAA